AUGUACAGCACCACCCCUCCUCUUUCGCGCGCCGCCUCGUACAGCAUCCCUGCCACCCCCACUGGAGCUUCGCAAACCCCUUCCACCGGCACCACUGUCGACCUAACGCAGAGGCAGUCACAAUAUGAUGCCAGCCAGGUCUCUGGACAGGUUGACCCGCCAAAGGUUGCGAAGUACUGCGUCUGGAGCGACGCAGACGACUCCACCAUGGUUGGUGUCCUCACCGAUGCCAAGAUUGACGGCCAGACAUCCGACAAUGGCUUUAAGGCUAGUGUCUGGACAAAAGUCAUCAACGCCGUCAACCCUCCCACCUCCGGCAAGCCCAAGACCGUGCGCUCUGCCAAAGAUCGGCACGGGCAUCUGUCUAGAGACUGGGCCGUUAUGCGUCACCUGAGGUUCCAGAACACGUCAGGAUGGGGAUGGAACGAUGAGAAUUGUAUGGUGACCGCGCCGGAUGAGGUUUGGGCUCGCUAUCUCGCGGUGGGUCGGCUUCGCUGA